AUGGUCCCAUGGAAUCCUGCGCGGACGAAAGUCCAGAUCAAGCUUUCUAUUCAGCGCCUUCGUACUUUACAAGAGAAGAAACUGGCCCUUGCCAAAAAGUCUCGUCGAGACAUCGCUGAUCUGAUCGCGAAGUCAAGGAUCGAAACCGCCAAGCUACGCGUGGAGGGCAUGAUCCAGGAUGACAUCUACGUCGAGCUACUCGAAGUACUGGAGCUGUACGCCGAGACUCUUCAGGCAAGAUUUGGACUGCUGGACCAGGACAACAUCAGUGAUGCCGUCUGCGCCAUCAUCUACGCAGCCCCAAGGACCGAACUGAAGGAGCUUCACCAGCUGCGUGAAAUUCUCAUGCACAAGUACGGUCGCACUUUCUCUCUCACCCUUCAGCCUCAAACUCCGCCGCCCGAGGCGGUUCCGAAACGAGUGCAGUCAAAGCUCGCCGUCUUCACGCCAUCUUCGGAACUGGUGGAUGCGUACCUGUCGGAGAUUGCUCGGGGAUAUGGGGUGCCCUACAACCCCCUCGUCGACUCAGAGGUUGCCGCUGCCUCUGAAGAAGGAGGCAGCAAAGGAGAGGAGACUUCAAACAUUGAAGGUGAUGAUGAUGCCAAGGAGGGUUCGCCGGCAUCUUGCGAGAAGCCGGAGCCGCCCCGCAAGACGUCCAGUCCGCCGAGCGCUCCUAGUGGCCGGGGACAACCAACUGUGGUGAAAAAGCGGACAGAAGUAGACGAGCUCGCAGCUCGGUUCGAGCGCCUGAAGAAUAUACGCUGA